GUAUUAAGGCUCAAGAGGGAUAAGUCAGGGGGGACAAAUCCCGCAUUAUUUGCGGGAUGUGGUUCGCCGUUUGCCAAAGCUUGCCCGAUCUUCAUAUUCUGCGCGACGACGAGAGCUGCUUCUCUGAUGACGACUUGGAGGAGGUGGGAGGUGCUCCCUAGCACCUAUGAAUCACCUUUCAAGAAGAUACCUGCGCACGAACUGCUUGCACCAGGAUUUCGAGAUCUCUCGGCCAAGACAGCGACAGAUCUCAAUGGUGUAUGAUCCUGACAAUGACGACUACCAGAUGCAAGUGAAGCCGGAAGUGCCCGAAGCAAUUGCACAGAUGGAGACGGAGCUCAUCAACAAGCAAGUUGCGCAGCUCCAAGUCAGGAUUGACCAAGGAGGCGAUUCAGAGAUCUUGAAUCACUAUCGCAAGGUGAAAGAACAGUUGGAGCUCCAGCUGUCGAAGAAAAUCAAGACGAUCGACGAUCAAGCCUCCAUGGUGUCACAACUCUCCACAUGUGGCAGCAGCACCGACGUUUUGUCAUUGGCCUCCCCUUUUGAAUCAAGGAAGGUUGACAAGACAUGAGUGUAGACCAAGCGCAGAUGAGCAAGCCAGAGUGCAUGCUACCAUACGUUGAACUAGCGGACAGCAUGUUUUUUAUUGUUUUUCCUUGUGGU